AUGGCCCGCUUUUCCCGAAAGUUCAACACUGAGGGCGAUGGGAAGAAACGGGGCAGUGCCGAGAACCAAGGUGAGGGCGCCAAAGCCCCUAAGAGGAGAAAAUUGGUCAAAGCCUCCUCCUUCGCCGGCACUUCCAACCCUGGCGCUCAGCCCACCACCGCCGCUGCGUCUAAAGGCAAAAGUGUUGCUAAAGCCUCCGCCGCCGCAGCUACCGAGACAACCACUGUCCCGGCCCCCAAAUCUGCUACCGCGGACGUGGCCUCUGCAGCCGCCACCAAGUCCACUACUGUAGGUGCCACAGCUGCCUCCACCGAUGCCACAACUACCUCUGCUGGUGCUACAACUACCUCUGCUGAUCCGUCACCAACCGCUGAUUCAACCGCCAACAUCUCCCAACCUUCAGCUGUUGAGAAAUCUGUCACCGUCAAUGCCACAACAGCCGCCACGUCUUCUGAUGCUCCUGCCGGGGAGAAAAGAAAAGAAAAUGAAACCCCCCAGUCUCCUCCUCGCCAGGACGCACCUCCUAGCCCGCCCCCAACAGAUGAUGGGCGCCCUGCGUCUUCUCCACCUCGCCGCGAAGAGGGAUCUUCUAAUGUCGCCGCAACCCAGAUCGAGCAAGCUCCUGGCUACGUGUAA